AUGGAUAGGAAUUCAAGGCGUCGUAAACGCUAUGCCGAAAUGCCAGAGCAAGAAAAGGCCGAGCUUUUAUGCCGUCGCCGUGAUGCUAAUGCUGCAAAGAAAAGAAGGCUUACUGUUCCUGACAAUAGUCACGCAAAUGGGUCGCCCCUUGGUCAGGGCGAGGGUAGCCAGCAUAAUUGUCAAACCUCUCUUGUUUGCGCCUUUCAUAGUGCUCGUCAGCGAGCCGAUAGUAGAUGUUAUGACGAGUCAGUUCCCCAUUUGCCUACCUCUCUUAGUGAUCUAAGUGUUAGUGCGGUUAAUGGGCGCGACACUGGGGGUAUUCAACACUCAGAUUGCCGUCUUAAUUCUGAAUUUACUCCAUUAGAUCCUCACAAUCAAACGUCUUUCUCUACUGGUCUUUGCCGUCUGCCUCUGUUUUCUUCUUCUAGCGGUACAGAGCACCGCAUGGAAUCAGCGUCUGCCGCCAAUGAAAUAGUUCUGCCGUCUAUUUGUAGGGGGGAAAAUACGCACACAUUUACUGAAAUGCUUCAUCCUUAUCUGCAAACUGGUUGCCAAAAUGAGCUUUAUGGUACUGUGCAGGAUACAAAUAAUGCUCAGCUGCGUUCUGACAGCCAACUCUCUCCUUCUAUACGGCCGAAGGCUCUGCCUACGCCUUUUUUGUCCGGGGCUGUCUCUUGCCGACGUGGCCGCUCAAAACUUUCUAGACUUGAAAGAAUCCCUGAGGAAUCUCUUGUUCUUCCCAGUGUUCCGGAUUGUGAACAUUGUGGUACCAAGAGGUUUCACAUGGAACCUCCUUCUUUCUGCUGCCGUGGAGGCGAGGUUAAAAUUGUCUGUCCUCCCAUGCCUUACAGUUUGAAGCGUUUAUUUACUGGUUCUGAUGAGGAGUGUGAGGAUUUUCGAAGAAAGGCUCGCACUUAUAAUAACAAUGUAGCUUUUACGUCAUAUGCUGCAAAAUAUGACAGGGAAUUAACAAAGAAUAAACUUGGAGUUUAUACCUUUCGAGUUCAGGCAUUAAAAAAGAUAGCUCAGAACUCUGAUAAGCUUCGUGAGGAUACUUUGAAGCUGCUUAUGAAUCUCCUCCAAGAUAAUCCUUAUGCAAAAUUUUUUAAAAGUUUAAGGGAUGUUCCAAACCUUGAAGAUCAUAGAAUUAUUCUCAAUUGUAAUCCUGGACUCGACCAGCGAGUAUAUAACCUUCCUACUACGUCCCAGGUUGCUGCUAUUUGGACUGAAACUGACGAUCAUUCAGUUGAUAUGCGUCCUCACAUUCAAGUUUAUAGUCACUCUAGCACGAGUUAUAGAGUCCAGCCUUAUUAUGGAUGCUGUGAUUCUUUACAGUAUCCUCUUCUCUUUCCUAGAGGUGAAUCUGGGUGGCAUUAUGGAAUUAAGCGAUUUCAUAAAAAGGGAAAAAAUGGAACUUUCUCUGAGGUAGACCCAUCUGUUGAUCUUUCUUCCAUACAUACUCCAUCGCAAUUGUUGGAGUUAGAGCAAAGAGUUGCUGACAAGGCUUCGACUGAAGACUAUUUUGUGUCUGCUAAAGAAUAUUAUUGCUACAAGUUCCAAGUCAGAGAUGAUGAUGUGUCUAUGUUGCUGCACAGUCUUAGAUUGUUUCAGCAGUUUGUCGUGGGUUCGUACAUUAAGAUUGAGAUGUCCAGGCUUGACUUCCACAGAAGAAAACAGAAUGAGAUACGCACAGAGGUGCUCCAAGGAGUUCUAGAUAGCAUUGCUAUUGGUCAGACACAGGGUUCUAGAGUUGGUCGAAGGACCAUUUUACCAGCAUCUUUUAUUGGGGGUCCGAGGGAUAUGAAACGCAGAUAUUUGGAUGCCAUGUCUUUGGUUCAAAAAUAUGGGAAACCUGACAUUUUUCUGACCAUGACAUGCAAUCCUAUGUGGAAGGAGAUUCAGGAGGGUCUGAGAUAUACAGAGAAGCCACAGGAUAGGCCAGAUUUAUUGUCUAGAGUUUUUAGAGCUAAAUUUGAAGUCCUUAAGUCUGAACUUCUGCAUAAACACAUUUUUGGAGAGGUUACAGCGUGCGUCUAUGCUAUCGAAUUCCAGAAACGCGGCUUUCCUCAUGCUCAUGUCUUAUUAAUUCUUAAGCCAGAGUUCAAAUUGUUAAAUGCUGAAUCAUAUGAUAAAAUUGUUUGCGCUGAACUUCCUGACCCAAAAGAACACCAGCACUUAUACUCUCUUGUAGUUAAGCAUAUGAUUCACGGUCCCUGUGGAGAUAUGGAUAAAAGUUGUCCUUGCAUGAAAAAUGGUUCUUGUAAAAGUCAUUAUCCAAAAAACUUUUCAGAUCAUACCAUUCAUGCUGAAGAUUCAUAUCCAUGUUAUAGAAGGAGGAAUGAUGGUAGAAAAGUAAAAGUUCGGCGGCAUGAGUUGGAUAAUAGAUGGGUUAUUCCUCAUAACCGAUACCUGCUUGCUUUGAUCGAUUGCCAUAUAAAUGUGGAAAUUUGUUCCACAGUGAAGCUUGUCAAAUACCUUUACAAAUAUGUUUUCAUAGGACCUGAUCUUAUCAGCUUUCAGGUCAUUGAUCAAGCUUCUUGUAGUGACGUCAACGAGAUCAGUAACUUUCAGAAAGGCAGAUGGAUAUCUCCGCCUGAAGCAUUAUGGCGAAUCUAUGAGUUCCGGCUAAGUGAAAUGACUCUGUCCGUUUAUACUCUUCAAGUCCAUCUUCCUGAUCAGCAAUCCAUUUCUUUUGACAGGAAUUCAGAUUUGAAUUACUUGCUGAAAAAAAUUGAUUUCUCUAGGACCAUGCUGACUGAAUUUUUUAAGACAAACAAGUCAAAUGCAAAAGCGCAGAACUUAAGGUGUUUAUAUAGGGAGUUCCCUGAACAUUUUGUAUGGACUCCUAAAACAAAAACUUGGUCUGAAAGGGAGCACCGACGAGUAAUAGGGAGAUUAGUUACAGCAAAUCCAAAGGAGGGUGAACGAUAUUUUUUGAGGCUCUUGUUAUGCCAUGUUCGUGGUCCCACGUCAUUUGAUGAUCUUUUGACUGUUAAUGGUGAACUAAUGAGCUCUUUUAGAGAAGCUGCUCUUAAGAUGGGUUUGUUGGAAUCUGAUAACUAUAUAGAAGAAACUCUAGAAGAAGCUGUAGCUUUUCAAAUGCCAUCAUUUCUGCGAUUACUAUUUGCUACUCUUCUAUUCUACUGUUCUCCUACUGAUCCUAAACUCUUGUGGACUAGAUUUGAAAAGGAUCUCUCAUCAGAUUAUGUGCAUGCUCAGAAGUUUACUCAUUAUUCUGAUUGUGAGAUUAAAAAAUGA